GUGAGGUGUGAUUGUGACACAUUUCACAAGCAUACCAACCAUGUGAAGAAAAAGUUUAUUGUUUUGGUUAACUUAUUUAAAAUAAAAUCUGAACUAACAUGUGACAGCUACAUAUUAUGCAUACAUCAUUGAAAUUUGAGUGAUCUCGCAGACUUGUGUGAGUCAUAAUCAGAAAACCAACCAACCGAUGGGUUGGGCAAUAGCUUUACACGGCGGCGCCGGCGACAUCCCAUACUCACUUCCACCUGAACGCCGUCAACCACGCGAAGAAGCUCUCCGUCACUGCCUCCAAAUCGGUAUCAAAGCUCUCAAUUCCAAAUUCACCCCUCUAGAUGUCGUUGAACUUGUUGUUCGUGAGUUAGAGAACAUUCCACACUUCAAUGCAGGAAGAGGUUCUGUUCUUACCAACAAAGGCACAGUUGAAAUGGAAGCUUCUAUAAUGGAUGGUAAAACUAUGAAAUGUGGUGCUGUUUCUGGUCUUACUACUGUUGUUAAUGCUGUUUCCUUGGCUCGUUUGGUUAUGGAAAAUACUCCUCAUAUUUAUUUGGCAUUUGAUGGUGCUGAGGAUUUUGCUAGACAACAAGGCGUUGAGACGGUAGAUUCAAGCCAUUUCAUUACUCCAGAAAAUAUUGAAAGGCUAAAUCAGGCAAAAGAUGCAAAUAGGGUCCAGAUUGAUUAUACCCAACCCAUCCAAAAUGAUACUAAGAAUGAAACAGAACCACCAUUUGCUAAUGGUGAUAGUCAAAUUGGAACUGUUGGAUGUGUAGCUGUUGAUAGUAAUGGGAAUCUAGCUUCCGCAACAUCAACCGGUGGAUUAGUGAACAAAAUGGUAGGUCGAAUCGGCGACACGCCAGUCAUUGGUGCCGGAACAUAUGCCAAUGAAUUUUGUGCAGUUUCUGCAACAGGAAAAGGCGAGGCAAUAAUUCGCGGGACAGUAGCAAGAGAUGUGGCUGCGCUGAUGGAAUUCAAAGGCCUUUCUCUAAAGGAAGCUGCUAAUAUUGUUGUACAAGAGCGCACACCAAAGGGUACUGUUGGUUUGGUUGCUGUGUCUGCUGCAGGAGAAAUUGCAAUGCCUUAUAACACAACAGGCAUGUUUAGAGCUUGUGCUACUGAAGAUGGGUAUUCUGAGGUUGCAAUUUGGCCAGAUACUAAAAUUGAGUGAUCUUUAGAUUUUUCUGAUUUUCUAGAAUUAAUUUACUAUAAAAUAAUUUGUUGAUGGUUCAUGUAUGGUUUUAUUAAAUGGAAAUCUUUGUUUGUCAAGGUA